CCAUCCUCUCCUUCCCAACGCGCACCGGACUUGCCCAGUCAGGAACAACAGCAGAGCCCCAAUGGAGAAAAAUAUGAAGGAAAGAAAAUAUGGGCCAAGGUGCUUUGGUUAUCCACUCAGCAUCUUCUUCAUUGUCAUCAAUGAGUUCUGUGAAAGAUUCUCCUACUAUGGAAUGCGAGCUGUGCUUGUUCUGUACUUCAAAUAUUUUCUCCGUUGGGAUGAUAACCUGUCUACAGCCAUCUACCACACAUUUGUUGCCCUGUGCUAUUUGACUCCAAUCCUUGGAGCAAUCGUUGCAGACUCCUGGCUGGGAAAGUUCAUGACCAUUAUCUCCCUGUCCAUUGUUUAUACCAUUGGACAGGUGAUCAUGGCAGUAAGUUCCAUAAAUGACUUGACAGACUAUAACAGGGAUGGGACUCCUGAUAACAUUUCAUUGCACAUUGGUCUGUCUAUGAUUGGCCUGAUCUUGAUUGCUUUUGGUACUGGUGGAAUCAAACCUUGUGUAGCAGCAUUUGGUGGAGAUCAAUUUGACGAGGAACAGGAAAAACAAAGAAGCAGAUUCUUCUCCCUGUUUUAUUUGGCUGUUAAUGCUGGAAGUCUCCUCUCUACGAUAAUUACUCCAAUUCUCAGAGGUGAACAAUGUGGAAUUCACACCAAGCAACAGUGUUACCCACUGGCCUUUGGAGUGCCUGCUGCACUCAUGGCUGUUUCAUUGAUGGUGUUCAUAUUAGGAAGCAAUAUGUACAAGAAAGGUCAUCCUGAAGGCAAUAUAAUGCUCCAGGUUUCCAAAUGCAUUGGAUUUGCUAUCAAAAAUAGGUUUAAGCAACGCAGCAAACAAUUUCCUAAAAGAGAACACUGGCUGGACUGGGCUAGUGAAAAGUAUGAUAAACGACUUAUUGUUCAAACUAAGAUGGUCUUGAAGGUGCUUUUCCUGUAUAUUCCUCUUCCCAUGUUCUGGGCACUUUUUGAUCAACAGGGAUCAAGAUGGACAUUACAAGCCACAACAAUGGACGGAAACUUUGGAGCUAUGCAGAUUCAGCCAGACCAGAUGCAGACCGUGAACCCAAUUCUGAUCGUUAUUAUGGUCCCUGUUGUAGAUGCUGUGAUUUAUCCUUUAAUUAAAAAAUGCCACAUCAAUUUCACGCCCCUAAGGAAGAUUACAGUUGGUAUGUUUCUUGCAUCUCUGGCUUUUGUUGCUGCUGCGUUGGUACAAGUGCAAAUCGAUAAAACGCUUCCAGACUUCCCUAAAGAAGGGCAAUCCCAAAUCAAAGUAAUAAAUUUAGGCACUGAUGUAGCAAAAGUUGAUUUUGGCCCUGGAAUUCAAAAUGUGUCUGUGGAAUCUCUGAGAGAGACAAAAUAUUUGACAUUUGACCCUACUAGCUUAAAAAAUGUGAUUAUAAGCUAUGGAAAUGAAACUACAAAUGAGCUUCUUAAUGUUAUGGGAAAAGAACGUCAUACUCUUAUACUAAAAAAUACAAUUUACAUCCAAACUGCACUGCUGCUUGAUGGCCUUACAACAAAGUCAGAAGAUGGAAAAAAUAAAAUCAGAUUUAUAAACAAUUUGGCUUCAGCAAUUAACAUCACAAUGGAUGGUACUUCUUUUGGACAUGUGAAUAAUUUUUCUGCCACCAAUUAUACAUCCUUUACAAGAGGCGUAAAAGAAAUUGUUGUUGCUUUUACAGACAAUUCACUCACUUGCAAAAAUCAGUCAAUGUCAUUUGGAUAUGGCAGUGCAUAUACUAUUGUAAUUCAGGAGUGUAAUAACGACACACUAGGACUCAGAUACGUUGAAGAUAUCCAGCCCAAUACAGUUCAUAUGGCUUGGCAGAUCCCUCAGUAUUUCAUUAUAACAUGUGGAGAAGUGGUCUUCUCUGUCACUGGACUGUCAUUUUCCUAUUCUCAGGCACCUUCCAAUAUGAAAUCUGUGCUACAGGCAGGCUGGCUUCUGACUGUGGCUGUUGGUAACAUCAUUGUUCUCAUUGUGGCUGGGGCAUCAAAACUCAGUGAACAGUGGGCAGAAUAUGUGCUAUUUGCUGCCUUACUGAUGGCAGUUUGCAUUAUUUUUUCGGUCAUGGCUUAUUUUUACACAUAUGUGGAUCCAGCUGAGAUUGAAUCUCAAAUUGAUGAUGAAGAAAAGAAGAAUAUGGACAAUGAGAAAUGGCCCGGUUCCAUUUUAAAAAAUCCUAUCUCUCAGACUGAGAUGUAAAGGUGUAUUCAGAGCUGCAUGAUGUAAAUUUAUGGCACCCCACUAACUACAGCCACACUAAAAAUACUGGAGUAUCUAAUCCACAGUUGGAUGGGCUUUCCCCUGGGUAAGGGGGAAAAGAGCAUUCCUCAUUUAAAAUGCAGAUCAUCCUGAGGAGCAAGAUCAAGAGCUUAGUCUUGUACACAGAACAUGAUACCCUCAGAAAACUCUGGAAAGUUGCUCUCAGAAGAAUUUGCACUUUAAAAAUGGAUCUGAAGCUUCAGUCUCAAAGCAUUAAACUGCUGAAAUUGCACUUGACAGUGCUGAAGAGUUCCUGUGAUGAAAAUGUGUUAUUUUUAUAUUGUAUUUUAAUUUUAUAUUGUGAAAAGGCAAAUAUUGCCAGGAAAUAUUCAAUAAAGCCAUACUGUUUGGACAGCCCAAGCAGCCCACAGUUAUUCAGGAAAAACUGAUCCUUUUUAAAACUGUCUUAGAAAUAAUGAAUACAAAAAUGCAUUGAAUAAUUAUAGAAACCUGCACAUACUGUAUAUGUGCAUACUGUAUAUGUAAUACCAGUUAGUAUUACAGUCUAGACCCCUCCAAUUCACCUGUACACUCUCCCUACCCAAUUAACUACUGGUAACUUUAACCAAAUGUUUUAGACUCAAGCAGUCACCAAGAUGAAGAUAAAAGAGAACUGAACUCUGAAUAAAAUAAAAUAAAAUAAAACUCACCUACUAACAAUA